UGCUGAUAAGGACCACGUUUAAAAGCCUGUGUUAAGAUGAGGCAGCUGACUUCACACUGCCAACUGGAGGGAGCAGCAACAGAGCGCUUACAGAAGGAUUUGAGGAAUCAUGCUACUGAUCCUGGUCACCGUAUCCGUUGCCAAUUUGUUUUCUGCCGUUGUUUGCGUGCCCCUAUCGGACCAGGGAGCCCACAUCGCCCACAGGUGGGGAGAGGUGGUCCGGCUCAGGCACCUGUACGCCGCCAGGCCAGGACUGCACCUGCUGAUCAGUGGGGAUGGACAGAUCCACGGCUCUGCACACCAAACUCCAUACAGCCUGCUGGAGAUCCGUCCAGUGGAUCUAGGAUGUGUUGUCAUCAGAGGAGCAGCAACCGCACGGUUUCUCUGCAUAGAAGGCGAUGGAAGGCUGUACUCAACGCACACCUACAGCAGAGACGACUGCACCUUCAGAGAGCAGAUCUUGCCGGACGGCUACAACAUCUACGUCUCCGACAGACACGGAGCUCUGCUCAGUCUGGGAAACCAGCGGCAGAGGAUGCAGGGUCGAGACCGAGGCGUGCCGGCUCUGGCCCAGUUCCUCCCCAGAAUCAGCACCCUGGAUCAGGCCUCGUUCCCCGGACUGGAUGUCCCCGACCAGCCGUACACACAGAGCGCGGCGCAAACACCAGAAGAACCCGUGGACGCGAUGGACUCGUUCGGAAAGCUCUCUCAGAUCAUUCACAGUCCCAGCUUCCACAAGAGAUGAGACGGUAGCUGUGAGACACCAAGUAC